AUGUCGACCACCGUGGAAAAGAUCAAACAAAUCGAAGAUGAGAUGGCCAAGACGCAGAAGAACAAGGCUACGGCCUUUCACUUGGGACAAUUGAAGGCGAAGCUCGCAAAGCUGAAGCGAGAGCUGUUGACUCCGACCGGUGGUGGUGGCGGCGGCGGUGGUGCUGGCUUCGAUGUCGCCCGUACUGGUGUUGCUAGUGUUGGCUUCAUUGGUUUCCCCUCUGUGGGAAAGAGUACUCUCAUGAGCAGAUUGACGGGACAGCAUUCGGAAGCUGCCGCUUACGAGUUCACGACUUUGACGACUGUGCCUGGACAGGUGAUGUACAACGGUGCGAAGAUCCAGAUUCUUGAUCUGCCCGGUAUUAUUCAGGGUGCCAAGGAUGGUAAGGGUCGUGGUCGUCAGGUCAUUGCUGUGGCCAAAACUUGCCAUCUGAUCUUCAUCGUGCUCGACGUCAACAAGCCGCUGCACGACAAGAAGAUCAUUGAGAACGAAUUGGAGGGAUUCGGUAUCAGAAUCAACAAGCAGCCCCCCAACAUUGUUUUCAAGAAGAAGGACAAGGGUGGUAUCGCCAUCACGAGCACGGUUCCUUUGACACACAUUGACAACGAUGAAAUCAAAGCCGUCAUGAGCGAGUACAAGAUCUCUUCCGCGGAUAUCUCUAUCAGAUGCGAUGCGACUAUCGACGAUCUCAUCGAUGUGUUGGAAGCCAAGAGUCGAGCCUACAUUCCCGUCGUCUAUGCCCUCAACAAGAUUGACGCAAUCACGAUUCAGGAGUUGGAUUUGCUGUAUCGGAUCCCCAACGCCUGCCCCAUUAGCUCCGAGCACGGAUGGAAUGUGGAUGAGUUGCUGGAGAUGAUGUGGGAGAAACUCAACUUGCGCCGGAUUUACACCAAGCCCAAGGGCAAGACGCCGGAUUACACGGCCCCCGUUGUUCUGAGAGCCAAUGCCUGCACGGUCGAAGACUUUUGCAAUGCCAUUCACCGCACAAUCAAGGAGCAGUUCAAGCACGCUAUUGUCUAUGGGCGCUCAGUCAAGCACCAACCGCAGCGUGUCGGCCUGUCACACGAGUUGGCAGAUGAAGAUAUUGUGUCCAUCGUCAAGCGGUAA